UGAUCUUCAAGGAACUGCAACGAGCGAAAAUGAAGCUGCUGAUCUUUGCCUGUUUGCUUGCUCUGGCUUUGGGGCACGAGGUGUAUUACUAUACCCCCAGCUAUGGGUACUACCCCAGUACCUUUGCCAGGUCCUCGGCUGUCCUGCCCUUGGCCUAUUCCCGUUUGAUUGCCCCGGCAGCCGCCGAAUCGCAUCUUUACCACAGCGUGGAGACCCCGAACUCCUUCCAGCAGCAAUAUCGCAGCGACUACAAGCCCCUGACCUAUGAGUACAUCUACUAGAUGGGCGGGGAGCAACAAACCUUUGCGUGAAUUGUAAGCAAGUGAAAUUUGAAUAAAGUUCGAACGCUCCUC